UCGAGAUGGUGAACGGAAGCACGCGAAUUCAAUACUACUCGAAAGACCUCGACAUCCGCAGGGUUAUCGAGCAGGCGGACUUACAAAAUCUGGACCAGGCCCUCAACAUCUGUGACUUGUCGAGUCUGGAGCGGAAGUUGCGACUGUGGCACAAACUCAUGCCCAGGAUUGAGCCCCACUAUGCUGUCAAGUGCAACGACGAUCCGGUGGUGGUCAAGUUUCUAGCGGAUCUCGGAACUGGAUUCGACUGCGCCUCCAAAAACGAACUCAAACUGGUUCUAGGAUUUGGCGUUUCGCCUGAGCGCAUUAUCUUCGCACAUCCUUGUCGUCCUGCCAGCCACUUGAAGUACGCCAAGGAGCAGCAGGUGGUCAACGGCACGGUGGACAACGAGUACGAGGUUUACAAGCUGAAGAAACACUAUCCAGACUCCAACCUUAUAGUCAGGUUCAAAAGUGAGGCCAAGAAGGCGCUGUGCCCGUUGGGCGACAAGUAUGGAUGCGAUGCGGAGUCGGACGCCGCAGCCCUGAUGCUUCUGGCCAAGGCCUUGGAUCUGAAGGUGACCGGUACCAGUUUCCACGUGGGUUCCGGAUGCAGCGAGGUGGAGGCCUACGAUCGUGCCAUCGAGAGGGCGGAAAGCAUAUUUAAGGUCGGCGAGCUCGUGGGUUAUAAGAUGGAGAUGUUGGAUAUCGGCGGUGGCUUUCCUGGCAUUGAUGACGACAUGUUCGAGAAAAUAGCACAGGCUGUAAACACGUCGCUGGAGCUCCGUUUCCCCGAUGAGCGUGUCCGAAUAAUUUCCGAGCCUGGACGCUUCUUUGUGGAGGCCGCCAACACACUGAUCUGCAAGGUGCAUGCCAAGCGGGAAACCCGCGGCAAGGAUGGCAAGCUGGACACUAUGAUGUACUACCUGAAUGAUGGCAUCUUCGGAGCGUUCGCGGCUAUGUUUUACUACCCUGAGGAGUUGACCCCCGUGCUUUACUUGGAUGAUGCCGAGAGCUUGCCAAAGUUUAAAUCUGUAGUUUGGGGACCAAGCUGCGAUGCUUUGGAUAAGAUUUUGGGGGACCUGCUAUUGCCCAACUUGAACCCGGGCGACCUUUUGGGCUUUCACAACAUGGGGGCCUACACCAUGCCCAUUGCCAGCCCCUUCAAUGGAUUCGAUGUGCCAGAGACCAGGUACUUCAGGGCAAAGUAACUCUACAGUACUCUAAGAGCAAUACUUGCUAUGUUCAACUUAUAAUUAAAUACGAAUUUUCA